AUGAAACUUUUUGAGUUUGACGAUUUUAUGUUACACUACCAAAAUGUACACCUUCGAGGCAAUAUACACGAUAGUGAUAGUGAUAACGACGCGGAUGGUGAAUUAGAAGAAUGUAUUAAAGAUGAGGAAUUUGAAAAUGUCGAAUAUCUAGCUGAAUUGGAUGAAUGUGGUGUGAGAGUGGAGGCUGUCUUACAGCCCUCACGUGUUUUGGAUGAAGUAACUUCCAACGAAAAGCAAAAUGUGCCCAUCAAGGCAGAAGUCAUAGAAACGGCAUAUAAUGACACGUUGAGUGAAUAUGGUGAAGUUAUGGGUGUUGAUAAUUCUAAACCGAACGAGUUCGAGAAUGAAGAAUUUGAUGAUGAUGAAUGGACAGGCAGUCAAGGAGAUGAUGAUAAUCAUAUUUUAAAAAAGCCUAGAAAGCCCAAAGAGUACUCAUGUGCACAUUGCCAAAAACGUUAUACCACAGAACGUAUAUUAAAGCUACAUAUAAACAUGAAACACCUGCGACCAAAAAAAUUCAAAUGCGAACAAUGCCCAGAAGAAUUUGUGGAGCAACGUUCACUAGAUUCACAUGUGCGGAAAGAACACAUAGGAUUUCAGUGUUCACAAUGCGAACGUGUUUAUAAAAAUUCCCGUUCACUACGCAUACAUAUGAAAGCACACAAGGGUAUAAAGGAAUUUAUAUGUGAUUUCGAAAAUUGUGGCAAAGCAUUUAUUACUUCAUCACGUCUGAAAGUGCAUCAAAAAAUUCAUACAGAUGAACGCAACUACAUAUGCGAAGUUUGUGGUUAUCGUACACGACAAAAGGAUGCUUUAGUUGUACACAAGCGCACACACACCGGAGAAAAGCCUUUUGAAUGUACUAUCUGUAGUCGACGAUUUAUUUCUGCCUCGUUACUAAACGAGCACAAGCCUAUGCAUUCUACUGAGCGUCCACAUAAAUGUGAUGUAUGCGGUGCAUCAUUUUCACGGAGCAAAGCGCUCUACCACCACAAACAUUUACACCUGGGUAUUAAGAAGUUCGUUUGCAAAAUAUGUGGUCGUGCCUAUGCUCAAAUGGCAGGUCUAGCGGGACAUAUGCGACAACACAAAGCAGAAGAACAAAGUCUACUAAGUUAA